AUGCGGAGCUGCCUGGUGCUGGUGUUGGCGGUGCUGGGGGGGGCCUGCGCCCUCCCGGCCCCCCUGGCCUACACCCAGGCGCUGGCCCAGGCCGUGGACUCCUACAACCAGGACCCCACCGUCACCAACGCCUUCAAGAUGCUCAGCGCCAGCCCUGAGCCCACCCCGCUCAUCAAGGAGUGCUCUGCGCCCGUGCCCCUGCCUGGCAGCCGCCCCGUCCUCGAUGUCACCUGCGUGGACUCCAACAUGGACCCCGUCAAGGUCAAGCGCUUCUGGCCACUGGUGCCGGUGGAUAUCAACCUGUACAAGGCCAUCAAGAGGAAAUGA